CCGGUCUGCCGCCAUACGGCCAUGGCGAAAUGGAAAAGAGCGAAUUUAACAGAAACAUAACGACAGUGCGACACCAACCAACGGAGCAACGCAACGCGAUUUUCUCCGUCUUUCCUUCCUUCGGCUUUUCUGUUCCUAAAGGAAUCUAAUUUCCGCCAUUAACGCUCUCGAUUAAGCUCUUACUCUUGCUCCAUGUCAACUCUCUGUUCCUAAGCACUUCACUUUACUUCCCCACCAAAAGGAGUUAGCUUUCUGGAUGAAGCAAAAAUCGUGAGUUGCUUCCAGCUUUCUGCUUUUAUCAGAUUUUCCCUCUUUCCGUCCCCAACUACCCUUCUUCCCCCCCUUCCGCCUCGAGACAGUGAAACAAAGCGUCUUUCCCUGAUCAUGAAUUUGGGGUUCUCUCCUGUUCUUCGAUCUGUAUUGUAGGAGAACCCCCAGCCAUCUGUUGCGAUGUCAAGGCCUAUGCUACUAGUCUUUCUGCUGCUUAUACUCAUAAUUACCUCUCAGUUUGAAUGGAGACAACAACUUGUAAACGACAUUGACCCAACUCCUGGGAUAACAUCUAAACAGCAACAAAUAUCAAAAAGGGAAGAAGCUGUCAAGGAGAAGAUUAUCCUUUCACAAGAGAAGAACAUUCACAAGCUGAACGAGUUGGUUCGGAAUCUUCGACAGCAACUAUCAGAAUGCAAGUGCAAUAACGAAACGUCGACUGCAACUGCAAAUAGUUUGACUGAUCAUGUUAUUGAACUUGAAAGACAGCAGUUUCUGGAGGAUUAAGCCGAUGUUUGUAAUACUAAUAAUACCAAUUAGAUGUCUUCUUCGACCAUGUGCUUGGAAGAUGAGUUCCACGCCGCCCAGAUUGCAACUUAUUUCAUCGCGCCCUUGCGUCGAUCCCUACUUCACAGGGUGAAUUCCCUCAUUUGAGUCAAUGAUCUUUUCCUUAGUUAGCUGACUGUUCAUGUUGAGAAUGUGUAAAUCUUGUACGGCUGCAUUCGUUCUGUUAAGUCUCAAAGUGUAAAAAUUUCUUGAAAAUAGGAUAAUAUAGCUUCUAUUUCAUGUCUUGCUUGUGAACCUUUUGUUGAAGCCAUUGAUUAGCUGCCAGCCAUGUUUGUGAUCAAUCAUAUAGGAAGAUUCAAUCGGCUUCAAUGGUGAUAGAACUGUAGACAUAAUUGUAUCUGUAUGGUUGGC